ACAAACGUGUUUUUGCAAAAAUGCCAGGCGCUUUUGCAGAGAUUAUAGACGAUAUAGAAGAUUUAAUAUCUUCACAGGACAUAACUCCUAAAGAACGGUACGCCAGUCGAAAGAAUGUCACCGUACGGUCUCGCAAACGCGAGGAGAAAAACGCAGAACCAGUGGAAAAAGUGAUCUUGGAAAGUGUCGUCCCAGGAACCCAAACCGUGUAUGUGAAGACAUGGGGAUGUGCGCACAACAACUCAGACUCAGAGUACAUGGCGGGGUUGCUGGCGGCACACGGGUACCCGCUCACCGAGGACAAGUGGCAGGCGCAGCUGUGGCUGCUCAACUCCUGCACCGUCAAGAGCCCUGCCGAGGAUCAUUUUAAGAACGAGAUAGAGCUAGGUCGCAGUCGUGGCAUCCACGUCGUAGUAGCAGGGUGCGUGCCGCAGGGGGCGCCGCGCGCCGAGUACCUGCAGGGGCUCAGUGUGGUCGGCGUACAGCAGAUUGACCGCAUCGUUGAGAUUGUCGAGGAGACUCUUAAGGGCCACACCGUCCGUCUAUUCGGCCAAAAGAAAACAACAGACGGUAGGAAGGCUGGUGGCGCAUCCCUUCUGCUGCCCAAAGUGCGGAAGAACCCUCUAAUAGAGAUAAUAGCAAUAAACACGGGGUGCCUGAACCAGUGCACGUAUUGUAAGACGAAGCACGCGCGUGGGGAGCUGGCCAGCUACCCGCCGGAGGAGAUUGUCGAGAGGGCGCGCCAAGCGUUCAAAGAGGGCGUCGCGGAGAUCUGGCUCACUAGCGAGGACACUGGUACAUACGGCCGCGACAUCGGCACCUCCCUGCCCGAGUUGCUAUGGCAACUGGUGGCUGUGAUCCCCUCGGGCUGUCGUCUCCGGCUCGGCAUGACCAACCCGCCGUACAUACUGGAGCACCUCGAGCAGGUGGCGCAGAUCAUGCACCACCCUCGCGUCUACAAGUUCCUCCACGUGCCGGUGCAGGCGGGCAGCGACCAGGUGCUGGCGGACAUGAAGAGGGAGUACACGCGCGCUGACUUCGAGCACGUCGUCGACUUCCUGCGGGAGAAAGUACCGGGCAUAACGAUAGCAACGGACAUAAUCUGCGGCUUCCCAACGGAGACAGAUGAAGACUUCAAACAGACCAUGUCUCUGUGCGACAAGUAUCGCUUCCCCUCGCUGUUUAUCAACCAGUUCUUCCCGCGACCCGGCACGCCCGCUGCUAAGAUGACCAGGGUACCGGGCCAAGAAGUAAAGAAGCGCACCAAACAAUUAUCGGAACUGUUCCGUUCAUACGAGCCGUACUCUGAUAGGGUGGGACAGACGUACCAAGUGCUCGUCACUGACGUGUCGCAUGACCGCAACUACUACGUGGCGCACAACGAGUUCUAUGAACAGGUCCUGGUACCAAAAGAAGAAAAGUACAUGGGGAAGAUGCUUACAGUCAAAAUCACAAGUACGACUAAGUUUUCCAUGAUGGGCCAACCAAUAGACAAGCCUACUAUGCCGGGACUAACCGCCCCUCUUAAAAAGGGGGAGGUUUCGGGACUAAGUACCGAAAUUGGUACAAACAAUUCCGGUACCAAAAUGCCGGUACCGAUACCAAUUUUAAUGUUAUUAUUUGCUUUAGUUCUAAGGUUGAUCUGGAUGUUUUUAUAGCUUAAUAAAUUAUUUUUAGAAUUA